UUUCCUGGAAGGGAAACACCCACUUAUUAGUCACAGCAAACCUAGGAAAACGAAAGCAAACUUAAUUCUCUUCUUACUGCAACCUGCCAUGGCUGCUGCCUCAGGGAGUUCCCUCAAGGGCCUCUGCGAGGAAGCCCUUUGCUCCAUCUGCCUGGAGUAUUUCAAGGAUCCUGUCACCAUUGAAUGUGGCCACAAUUUCUGCAGAGCCUGCCUGACCCAGUGCUGGGAAGGGACGGAGGGCGAAGAGGCGUCCUGCCCCCAAUGCAGAGCAAAAGUCCGAAGGAACCUGAUCCCCAAUCGGCAGCUGGCAAACUUAGUGGAACAACUCAGUCACUUGGAAGAGGAGAAGGCAAAAGAAUCAAAAAGGCUCUGUAAGGAACACCAGGAGCCCCUGAAACUCUUCUGCCAGGACGACAAAACCGUCAUUUGUGUGAUUUGCGACAGAUCCAAAGAGCACCGAGACCACCAGGUGGUUCCUGUGGAGGAGGCUGCCCAGGAGUACCAGGAACUGAUCACCAAUCGCUUGGAGCUUCUGAAGAAAGAGAGGGCAGAAAUUGUGACAUAUAAAGAGGAAACAGUAAAUGAAAGCAAACAACUGCUUAAACAAACAAAAGCCGAGAUGGAAAAGAUGAAAGCAGAAUUUAAGAAACUCCGGCAGUUUUUGGAAGAACAGGAGAAGCUUUUAAUGGUCCAGAUGGAAGAGGUGGAGAAAGAAAUAGCAAGGAAAAGGGAUGAGCACCUGGCCAGGCUCUCCGAGGAGCUCUCCUCCCUUGGAGGUCUCAUCCAGGAGAUGGAGCAAAAGCACCAGCGACCCCCGGGGGAACUCCUGCAGGACGUUGGAAGCAUCCUGCAGAGGAGUGACGAAAAAGUUACGUUUCAGAAUCCAGUCGUCUUUCUUCCGGAACUGAAGUGGAAGAUUUGGGAUUUUUGUGAUAUAAAUCCUUUUCUAGCAGCCGCCAUGAACCAGUUCAAAGAUGCUCUGGUACAUGGACUUCGGCUGCAGAAAGCAAAUGUAACCCUGGAUCCAGACACAGCUCAUCUGUGGCUUAUUGUUUCUGAAGAUCGUAAAAGUGUCACAUGUGGAUCCAAAGGUCAAGAUCUGCCCCACAACCCUAAGAGAUUUUCCAAACGUGGUAUGGUGCUGGGACAGGAGAGAUUCACAGCAGGCAGACAUUUCUGGGAAGUUGUUGUGAGAAGUGAGGAGAACUGGCUGGCAGGGGUCACCCGAGAGUCAGUGGAGAGAAAUGAAGACUGUAUCUCAACUGCAAAGGGAGGUAUCUUGGCUGUAGGGAAGUGGGACGGUGAAUACAAGUCUACCAGCCAUCCUACGUUCACUUGCUUGUCUCCAAGUGAUGACCUCAAAAGAAUCCGAGUGUCUCUGAAUUGUGCAGCUGGGAGGGUUGCUUUCUACAAUGCUGACACAGCAGCCCAUCUGUACACCUUCUCUGAAGCCUCAUUUGUGGGAGAGACCUUUCUGCCCCUCUUUGAUGUCUUCCGAAAGGGCCAUGUCAGAAUCUCCCCUUAAGGCAGCUGAGUAAACUGAUGUCCCAUGGUGUUUUCUUCACCCCAAGAAGAUUAAUGUAGAAAUCAAAGAUCAAUUGGUCACAAGACUUUUUUUCUCUCUCUUUGGCUACAAACUCUCAAGAAGGCUUCUGGUCACAGGCUGUAAAAUCACUCAGUCAGAGGGCCACAUUUUUCUCUUGCCACCACUGGUUCUGAAUUGGAAGGUUUUCAAUGAAUAAACUUCUCUUUACACUCCCUCUUUAGCUGAGCUAUGGCCAAGCAGCCAACAGAGUUACUUCCUUACU